GGCUUCCUCCUCUUCCGUCAGUGGGCUUGGCCGAGGCCCCAGGAGUUCGGGCCACACAGCCUGCUGCUCUGCAGAGCCUGGAGCAGCCAGCAUGGGCUGGGCGGCCGGCCUGCUGAGAUCCCUUCUCCUCCUUCUGAAUGUUGGAGGAGCUCAGGUGUUGGCAACAGACAAGUCCACUGGGACGGAAAUUGACAUCAAGUACGCCCUCAUCGGGACGGCGCUGGGCGUGGCCAUCUCGGCGGGCUUCCUGGCGCUGAAGGUCUGCAUGAUCAGGAAGCACUUGUUCGAUUACGACUCCUCGGACCUGAAAUGCACAGGAGACAACGAUACCAUCGCGCCAAGGAAGAGAGCCUCAAGCUCAAAUCUCAACUUCUCCGAAAGAGAGGCACAAGUGAUCGAACUCUGAAUGCGCAGCCACUCCAGGCGGGGCUUGGCAGUCUAGACAGCCAUCCAUGGCAGCGUGGGAACGUCUUGAAUUUGAAUGUCAAAGCUGGUGAUGGACUUUAAUAUCCGGGCAAAUAAUAGCACGAACAGAGUCCUUCAUGCCCUCGUCCUGGAGGAAAGUGUGACUUCCCUUCUGCAAGAAGCUCACCGUAGAGGGAGGCAUGAGCACUGCGUCCAGGAGUGAGGAAGAAUGGAAGCCGGUCAGCCUCUCUGCCUGCCGUGGUGCCACGCUGAGCUGCUCACACUUCCAUGGUGGCGUUGACUCUACGUCACUGGAACCUCCCCACAGAGCGUGCUCAGGGAAUGAGAACCAAACUCAAGACACAGCGUCUAAAGCACCAGCAUCUUGGCCACAGGAAGAAAGCUUUUCCCAGAACUGUUGGCCUCACCUUCGCAGCUGCCAGAAGACUCCCCCAGGAACAUCCAGGCACCCUGAUGCCCGGAGACCGUGAGGCAGUCUCUCCUCCUACAGAUGAAGCACUGAUCUUCCAAAGGAGAGACGGCAAGCUGGGCUGGAGUGAGAGGACAGGUCGCAGGCCACAGGCUGACAGGCAGCCGGGCAGCCUCAUGGCGGGUCAGCAAAGGAUUGCGUGGGAAAGCCGAUGCUGUGCCUGGGAGAAUGCUAUUCCAGUGUUCGCGAUCACUGUUCCACUCACAGGAUUACUGCCUGUUACUGUUACCGUGUGCAUACCUUGUCAUGGAGAGGCUCGGAAAACAUCUCACUGUUCCCAUCAACGGAAGGCUGGGGCCCAGCCCUGGCCACACGGCUCUGCCCUGGCCACACGGCUCUGCCCUGGCCACACGGCUCUGCCUGUGAUGGUGACUGCGUUGGUGGCUGCAGCAGGAGCCCUCUGCACCUCGCCCUCAGCAGACACUGUGGUUCUGUGGAUGGUGCUCCUCGAGUUGGGCCACUCUGCUCAUGUGUGAUGACACAUGAGCUACAUCACCACGAAGUGCUGUGUUAUGCCAAUUUGCCCGCAUUCCCAGGACAUCUGACUUGAUAACAAUGUAGCUCAUUAGCAGCCUUUGUUAACUGAUAACCUAGAGCAGGAAUGCCACAGUCAGACCCAGUUUUCUGUGUGUAAGAGAAUAAACCAUCGUGUAAGC